UCGUGAAACAUCAUCUCGUGUAAUAACAACAAGCCCUGCCGGCCGUUCUGCAUUUUGUUGUUGUUGUUGUGUUGUGUGUUAUACGUAUUAAAUAAUAAAUAAAAUAUAUUUUUGUAUUAAAUAUUUGACUGAUUUUGUUAACAAACUAUUUACAACAAUUAUGGCUCAGCAGCAGCAACAACCAGCCUAUGAAAACAAAUUCAUUUAUGCAACUUUACCUCGUACACAACGUGGCCAACCCAUCGUUUUGGGCUCUGAUCCUAAAGGUAAAAAUUUCCUUUACACCAAUGGCAAUUCGGUGAUUAUACGUAACAUUGAGAAUCCCGCUAUUGCUGAUGUUUACACGGAACAUUCAUGUGCUGUCAAUGUAGCCAAAUAUUCACCAAGUGGUUUCUAUAUUGCAUCUGGAGACCAAUCUGGUAAAAUUCGCAUUUGGGAUACAGUAAAUAAGGAGCACAUUUUGAAAUGUGAAUAUCAACCCAUUGGGGGCCCCAUCAAGGAUAUUGCCUGGUCACAAGACAAUCAACGCAUAGUGAUUGUGGGUGAGGGCCGUGAACGUUUUGGCCAUGUAUUUAUGACUGAGACUGGUACUUCGGUGGGUGAAAUUAGUGGGCAAUCGAAACCCAUUAACUCAUGUGAUUUUCGUCCUGCCCGCCCUUUCCGUAUUGUAACAGGCAGUGAAGAUAACACCAUUGGCGUUUUCGAGGGACCACCCUUCAAAUUCAAAAUGACCAAACAGGAACAUUCACGUUUCGUGCAAGCCGUUCGCUAUUCACCUGAUGGCAAAUUCUUUGCGUCAGCUGGUUUUGAUGGCAAAGUUUUCAUAUAUGAUGGUGCCACCUCAGAGCUUGUGGGUGAAGUUGGUAACCCAGCUCAUAAGGGUGGUGUGUAUGCUGUGGCCUGGAAGCCUGAUGGCACACAAUUAUUGACCUGUUCUGGUGACAAAACAUGUCGUUUGUGGAAUGUUGAAACCCGCGAAAUGAUUACUGAGUUUCCUAUGGGCAACACUGUGGAUGAUCAGCAGGUGUCUUGUCUUUGGCAGGGAGAACAUUUGUUGACUGUUUCGCUGUCUGGUCAUAUCACCUAUUUGAAUGUUAAUGAUCCCUCGAAACCUUUGCGCACCAUUAAGGGUCACAAUAAACCCAUAACAGUUUUGGGUUUGAGUGAUGAUCGUAGCACAAUCUAUACAGGAAGUCAUGAUGGUGUGGUUACCAAAUGGAAUUCAGGAAGUGGCGUCAAUGAUCGUGUUGCUGGCACUGGUCACGGCAAUCAGAUGAAUGGUAUUGCUGCGUGGGGUGAUUUUGUCUACACCUGCGGCAUUGAUGAUAGCUUGCGUCAAUUCAACAUCGAAUCCAAUGCUUUCACCGACUAUGUAGUCAAACUAAAUUGCCAACCUCGUGGUUUGGCCAUCUUCCGCAACGAGAACAUUAUAGCUGUGGCCUGUGUGAAAGAUAUUACUUUGGUACAGGAUCAAAAGAAAGUCUUCUCCUUGCCCAUUAAAUAUGAAUCGAGCAGUAUUAGCGUUAAUUCGGAAACUUUGGAUGUCGCAGUGGGUGGAGAUGAUCAGAAAUUGCACAUUUAUUCAUUGAAGGGCACUACAUUGGAGUCCAAAACAGAGUUGGAUCAUUUGGGUGCUGUUACCGAUUGUUCAUACUCUCCAGACAAUAAGUACUUGGUGGCUUGCGAUGCUCAUCGCAAAGUCGUAUUAUAUAGUGUAGAGGAAUAUAAGCUUGCUCACAACAAAGAAUGGGGCUUCCAUAAUGCUCGUGUCAAUACGGUAGCUUGGUCUCCCAACUCCCAGUUGGUGGCUAGUGGUUCAUUGGAUACCACAAUUAUCAUAUGGUCGGUAACCAAUCCUGCCAAGCAUACCAUCAUCAAAAAUGCUCAUCCACAAUCUCAGAUUACCCGUUUGUUAUGGUUGGACAAUAAUACUGUGAUCUCCACCGGUCAGGAUUGUAAUACAAAAAUUUGGCACGUUGAGACAAUCUAAAACAAAACCAAAAAAAAAAAUACACAUCCAAACUACAUGUCUUGAUUUUGAAAAAUUACAUGAAAAACAUCAUCGACAACAACAUUAAAAAAGUUACAAUUAUUUUCUGUUUACUAUAAUUUCAUAAUGGCUUCAUCAAACUAAUUUUUGAUAAUUUUUUUAUAUAAUGUGCACAUUUUGUAUUAACAAACCAACCAAAACAUUAAACAUUUUCACCUCCAUAACUCCCAGAGACUUCCAAUUGCCACUGUCUGCGGUUUGAUUUCUUUUCGAGCCUUAUAUUUUUAAGUUGAAAAGUAUUCAUCAUAAUAAUAGUAAAAGAUUUUGUAUUUUCGUUUAUUUCUUAUUUAAUUAUUUAUUUAUAUAUACAAGUUUAUAACAAAGUAGUUUUCAUUUUUCAAGAGAUAUGUUCCUUGCUUUCUAUUCCUUGUACUAAAGAAUAUUCUCUAUUACCUUUAUUAAUUAUUUAAUUUUUCGGUCAAACUGCUACUACUACUACUACUAUGUUUUCAAUCUUACUGCAAUCAAUCAACAACAACUAUGCAUGUACGUUUUUUAGAAGCGUACAUUUUAUAACAAAUAAGAGAAAAGAGGGAAAAAAAUAAAAUUAUUUUGCCAAAAAAAAGAAGCAAAAUGUGUAUAGAUUCUAAAAGAAGGAGUUGACAAAAAUCAGUAGGAUGGGGUAAAAAUACAUGAAAAUAUUUUAAAUGAAUUAAAUA